AUGGCUCCACGACCUGCCAAACGGCAACGCCGAUCCACCACUGCUUUAUCGGACGACGGUGACGUGGAUUUCGACCACCCCUCCUCAAAACAAGGGAAAGGCAGCUUCCAGCGCGAAAUCACACUCGAUGGCAGAACUUCGACCACCGUGUCUCCGGUCAAGAGCACGAAAACAAGGCCUGUUGCAAAGAAGACCACAGCCCUAUCGUCUCCCAUUCCCUCGCCAGAAAAGUCGCGAAAGAAUACCAAGGUCAAAGAUGAGCCCGUGAAGAACAAAUCUCUGCAUACCUUCUUUGGAAAGGCCAGUGAGGAGCAAAGAUGGAGGAAGAAAUCACAGACGCCAGAGCUGGAAGUCGAGAUCAGUGCCGAGUUGAGCGAUGCCAUUGAGGACGACGAUCUAUCGGACGAGACGUUACAGGAUCUUGGCCUGAAGAUCGACAAAUCAAGCAAGCCUUUAGAACGGCGCAAUCCAGGUCUACUUGCAUCCGGGGGAAGUCACAAGGCGGCUACAAAUGGGGGAAGCCUUCCGUCCAGCCAGAGAUUCGUCAAGCCCGCCGUAACAUCUCGAACCUUCACCAACGCUCCGGGCGCCGAUCGGGCAGAGGUAGAGGGCCACGCUCCGUGGGCCGAUCGGUACGGUCCUACCAGUCUUGAGGAGCUGAUGGUCCACAAGAAGAAGGUCUCUGAUGUGCAAAGUUGGUUGCAAGGAAAGAUUGAUGGUCAGAAUAACCAGAAACUACUCGUCCUGAAAGGUCCUGCGGGUAGCGGGAAGACUACAACUGUGUCUCUGCUUGCGAAGGCUAUGGGCUUGCAAGUAGUUUCCUGGCACAAUCCGGCUGUCUCGGAAUCCGGCCCGUACAACUCAAUCUCCGCACAGUUCGAUGAGUUUUUAAAUCGAGGUGGCCAGUUCGGCAGCCUGGCAUUCGACCAUGAUGUCUCUACCGGAAAGGCUGCGGAUGGUGUAACAAGCGAUCAAAUCCUUGUCAUUGAGGAGUUUCCGGCAACCAUGACGAGAUCCUCCAGUGCCCUACAGUCGUUCAGAUCCGUCAUUUUACGAUUUCUCACACGAGCAAAAACUGCGCCUGCAAUGCCUUUUCGUGGACAACAGAGCUCCAAUGAUAUUUCUUCACCAGUUGUCAUAAUCAUAUCCGAGACACUUCUGUCGUCGUCCACCGCUCUAGCGGACAGCUUCACAGCUCACCGACUACUUGGACCGGAGAUUCUAAACCAUUCAUUUGUGACAACCAUGGAUUUCAACCCUGUUGCCGCCACUCUAAUGACAAAGGCUCUCGACAUAGUGGUAAAGAAAGAGGCGAGAGACUCGCGGCGCAGGCGUACGCCGGGUCCCGGGGUUAUCGCAAGACUGGCUGAUAUUGGAGACAUUCGCAGUGCGAUCAACUCCCUCGAGUUCUUGUGCCUCAAAGGGGACAAUGACUCUGAAUGGUCAGGGACCGUGGCGGCGAAAGUCAAGCGCUCUUCCAAGGAUAAUCCAGUCCUUACAGAGACAGAAAGAAACUCGCUUGCGCUGGUGAGCCAGCGCGAAACAACGUUGGACAUGUUUCACGCCACGGGCAAGAUAGUCUACAACAAGCGCGAGGAUCCUCGUGUCUUGGACACCAGAGCCGAACCACCCCCAAAGCCCCCGGACCACCUCAUGCACUUGUACACGCCCAAAGUCUCGCAAGUGGACAUAGAAGCAUUGCUCAGCGAAAUCGGCACAGACAUUCAGACCUUCAUUUCCACUGUCCAUGAGAACUACAUCCUCUCCUGCGGCGGCGACAACUUUGAAGUCAGCUUCGAGGGCUGCUCAGAGAUCCUUUCGGUCAGCGAUGUACUGAAUCCUGAAAGCCGUCCGAACCGCCGUGGCAACACCUCCAACCCUAAUGCCGGCAUUAUUCAAUCAAACUUUCAAGCCGGGUCAUCGGAUACGCUCCGCCAAGACGAGAUCAGCUUCAACGUGGCUACCAGAGGACUACUCUUCAAUCUGCCCUUUCCGGUGAAUCGAGCGGGAGCGGCAGUCCCUGGGGGUAAAAGAGGAGACGAGUUCAAGAUGUUCUACCCGGCAAGUUUGAGGCUCUGGAAGCCCAUAGAGGAGGUGCACGGGUUAUUGGAGAUGUAUGUUUACGGUGACCGGAUUGCCCCCAGCAGACCAGCGACAUCUGGCACCGAUGGCCCGUUCAAUGACGGAGGCGUUGCGACCUGGCAAUCACGGAUUCUAGCCGGGGACUUGACUUCGACAGCGAUGCCACCUCCGGGAAUUAAAUCAGAACCCUCAGACAAAGAUAUCCGAUACACUACGCUCAUGGACCAUGGAGAUGAGCAAAAUCAAGACUCUCUGCCUCCGCCGACGACCCACGCCAAAGACACUCUGACACUGGAACUGCUCCCAUACAGGACGCGCAUCCUCGCCGCAAGACACCAGGACACCACCUCCCUCGAGAAGAUCACCAAGUUCAAACCGACAAGCUAUCUCUCUACAGCCGAUGAUAGUCCCGAAGACGACGACGGCGACCAAGCGAUGGCCACCACCCUGCCCCUCUCCACGAGAACAGGUUCGAGCACGGUAAGCGGGAAGAAUGCCACCCUGAAUCACGAGGCGCCACCGUUAGUGGGAGUGGAGAAGAUGUACAUCUCCGACGACGACAUUGAGGACGACUGA